UCUUUAAUUUGAGUUUUGUGGUUGAAAAAGGGGAGAAUUUUUGGAACUCCAAUUCACCCCCCUCUUGGAGUACAUUGAGUCAACAAUUGGUAUCAGAGCAAGGGCUCCAACUUGAAGGCUUAACCACCUAGGAGUUGAUCGGGGAUGGCUCAAUUUCAAUCUUCUCAACCACUUGAAGGUUUGUCUACCACUAAGCCUCCUUUCUUUGAUGGUACUAAUUAUAAUUAUUGGAAGAAUAGGAUGAAGGUCUUCAUGCUUGCAAAUGUGCCCAAGGCAUGGAUUGUGACUAUGAAAGACUUGGAGAAGAUCAUGAUCAACAACAAGGCAAUUAGUAUGCUUCAAUGUGCUCUCAAUCCAACAGAGUAUCAUAGAGUCUCCGGGUGUGAUACGGCUAAGGAGAUGUGGGACAUGCUAGAAGUCACUAAUGAAGGAACAAGCCAAGUAAAGGAGUCAAAAAUCAAUAGACUCAUUUACAUGUAUAAGCUUUUCAAGAUGAAACCGAAGGAGAGCAUUCAAGAUAUGUAUACAAGAUUGAAUGAUAUAGUCACCAAUCUCAAGGCUCUUGGUAAAGUCUAUCCUCCUCAAGAAGUGGUGAGAAAGGUUCUUAGAAGCUUGCCUAAGAGUUGGGAAGCCAAGAAGACCGCAAUUGAAGAGUCUAAGGAUCUCAAUACCCUCAAGCUUGAAGAUCUCAUUGGAAAAUUGAUGACUUAUGAGAUAAAAGUUCAAGUUGAUGGUGGAGUUGAAGUAGUUGAGAGGAAAAAGAAGAAUGUUGCUUUCAAGGCUAGCAACCAAAAGGAAGAGAGUGAAGAUGAUGCUAGUAAUGAUGAGUCUAGCAAUGAGGACGACAUCGCCAAAUUGGUUUCAAAAGAAGUGAAGAAAUACAUGAAGAAGAGCCUUAAAGGGACAUCCUCUAGAAGAAACAAGGAACUUCACUAUGAUAGAGGAAGAAUAUGUAGUGAUGAUGAUGAUAGAGGAAAGCCAAGCAAGAAGCAUAUCAAAUGCUAUGAGUGCAACAAGAUGGGGCAUUAUAGAAAUGAAUGCCCUCAAUUGAAGAAGGGUGAAAGGAAAAACAAGAAGAGCAUGAAGAAGAAAGCCUUUGCCGCCACUUGGAGUGAUGAUGAGGCUAGCUCAAUGGAAAGUGAAAGCUCCUUGGAGAAUGGUGUUGCAAAUCUUUGCUUCAUGGCUCAAGAGGAUAGCAACAAUGAUGAGGAGGUAAACUCUAACUUCUGUAGUUCAAUUAAUGAAAGUUCUUUUGAGUAUUCUUAUGAUGAUUUAUGCAAAGUUCUUGAUUGCUCUAUAAAUGACAUUAAGAAACUAGGAAAUGAGAAUAUUGCUCUUACUAAAACCAUUUCAUUGCUUAGGAAUGAAAUUGAAUCUCUCUCAAAAUGAAAUGAGGUUUUAGUUAAAGAGAAUGCCUCUUUAAAUGAUGAGAUUGCUUCUUUAAAGAAUGAGGAGUCUAAUAAUGCUUUGAAAAAGGAAAAUGAGGAUUUAAAGAAAGGAAAUGAAGAUUUAAAGAAGAAAAAUGAGGUUUUAAAGAGAAAAGCUUGUGAUCUUGAGAAUGUGAUUUCUAAAUUUACUUUGAGUAAAGAAAAAUUUGAUUCUAUU